CAGCAGCAGCAGCAGCAGCAGCAAGCCCCUCCGCCCCCUCCGGGUGGACAGGCUGCGUAUGGUUAUGGCGCCUAUGGCGGAUACGCUCCUCCUGUUCCGGGCAUGGGCGCUCCGGGAGCUUCUUCCUCUAGCAUGGGAGUGCCCCCCCCUCCACCGGGUAUGCCGCCUAUGUACUACGGCUCCGGUGGCAGCCCACCACCACCACCCCCUCCUCCCGGUGAAGGACCACCACCUCCUCCCCCGAGUGAGCAACCUCCUCCUCCUCCCCCACCCGCUUAAGGAGACACGGUAUCGUACUUUACCUAUUUUUCUCGUGUUAGGUGCAAGCUUGGGAAAAUGUGGGAAACGGCUUAGUUUGAUAGUAGGAUGAGGAGCGUUACUAACAAUUGUACUCUGUAGUUUGUUGAGGUCGUAGGCCUCUUCAUAGUAGUUCGCUAAUUCAUACGUAUCUUGUGUAAGCGUCUGAAA